UUGCGCGUCCGCCUACAUUUCCGUCUGUUACCUCUUCUUGAAGAGCGGAGCGGGUGCACGUCUGCGCCGAGCUUCGCCUUGUCAUUGUACCCAGAGAGAAGCGCGUGGUCAGCGGCUCUCCCGACGGCUCCCCCCCGCAGCAGCGUAACCGGUACAUGGUGGAGUGUAAUCUCAGACUUUAAGCCAGACAUGGACCCUGAAAAUCACGCAGAGGUUAUAGAUUCACCGGCGACUCCACAGCAAGAGGAGACCGCGAUGGAGAACGAGAUCGGGUCGAAAGUGGAGACACCAGCAGAAUUCCCAGAGCCUGAGAAUCUUCCAGCUGCUGCCGAAGAGACUGAGCAGCUGGCAGCGAGUGGUCAUGAUACCGAAGUCCCAAACUUCAAAGAAACCGAAGAGCUGAUUGUCCCGCUGUCUGAGGGGUUAAACCAAAUGGGGUUAGAGGACAGCGUGCAUGGAGAAGAGGCCGACAUGGAGUCGGCGCACGUCGAGGUGGAACCACCCGUUCCAGAUGAGUCAUCCGAAAAGAUGCCUGACUCCGCCGCAGCAAUAGACAAAGCCCCAGAAACCGUGCCGCCGGUGCCAGAGAACGACCCGGCUGAUAGCGCCCCAGAGCCAGUGGGACUGGCAGAAUCUGUUCCACGAGCUGAAACGCAAGAGCAAAAAUCACCUGAACCAACACCGCUGCCAGUAGACCCACAGCCCACCAGCCAAGAGGGGACGGGGUCAGAACUGGUGGGCACUGAGACCGAGAUGCCGACUGCACCGGUUGCCGAGGCAGGAGACGCUCCCAAAGAAAAGGCUGCAGAAGAAGAGCCAAUCGUGGAAGAGAAACCAGCAGAGACUGCAGUUUUGGCGACUGAGGUUUCCUCUGCAAAGCCAAAAGAGACUGUGGCGUUGAAGGGGGAGGCACCCGCUGAAUGCGUGGAACCGGCCAAAGAAGAGAAGUCUGAUGCCCCGAAGGAAACCGUAGCAGCAGAAGGCGUUCCACCCGAGAAGAUUGCUGCGGAGCCUCAAAAUGAAGAGGCCGCUGUCCCUGCACCCGGCUCCCUGGCCUUCGCCCUCCUGGAUCGAGAGCAGACCAAAGACGCCCUGCGAACAUCCCGCACCAUCGUCGUCCUCCGAGGCCUCCCGGGAAGCGGCAAAAGCUUCUUGGCGCGCGCCAUAGCCGACGCCUACGAAGGCCACUGCUCAGUCUUCUGCGGCGACGACCACGGCGUGAAUCCAGAGAAGCCGGACUCCUACCAGGCUCUGGAUGAGGCUCUGUUGGCCUGCUGCAGUGCUGGGGCGGCUUCGCCCGCGCUGAUGGUGGUGGACGACACAAACCACACCCAGGAGCGACUGGCCCGUCUGGGGGACAUCGGCAUGCAGCAGAGGCUAGUUGUGGUGUUUCUGGAGCCGCGCACCGAGUGGAGCAGAGAUCCAGCGCAGCUGACCAAGAAGACCAAGCGUGGAAUGGCGGUGGCCCAACUAGAAACCAUGAGGGGUUCAAUUGAGGAAAUGUCAAUUCCGCUCUACUAUGGCUGGUUCCUUCUCUCCUCCAUCCAGGACAAGGUUAGAUGCACAUUGAUGGACUUUCUGAAAACACUGGACACCUUGGAGGCCUUCAAGAAGCACUUGAUUGACUUCACGGGUAAAGCUGAGGAGGAAGUGGACUUGGAGCAAUACUUUGAGGCUGAAGGAACCCUCCAUUGCACAACAAAAUUCUGUAACUAUGGAAAAGCAGAAGGUGCCAAGGAGUAUGCACAGAAUCCAGCCGUUGAGAAUUUCUACGGUUCUGCAUCAGAGCUGUCGCUCAGUGCCCUCUUUGUGACGCCUCGCACUGUUGGUGCCAGAGUGUCCCUUUCCGAGGAGCAGCUUUCGCUGUGGCCAGCUGAUGCCGAGAAGGAGGCUGGGCCCGCCUCCCUGCCCCUGGGAAGCCGCGCCCACGUUACUCUUGGCUGCGCCGAGGGAGUUGAGCCGGUUCAAACGGGCCUGGAUCUGCUGGAGAUCCUGGCCCUGCAGCAGGGAGGCCAGCAGGGGGAGCCCAUCGAGGAGAUGGAGCUCGGCUCGCUGACCUACUACGGCGACGGGAGGUGGCUGCUGAGCCUCAGAGAGCCCAUCGGCGCCCCGGCAUGCUUCUCCAGCUUCUACGGGCCCAGGGAGCUCGAGGUGACCAAAAAGGAACCCGAGAAGAAAAAGAAGCCAAAGUGCACCAUACUGUAAAUGGCAAAUGCUGGGGAGUGUGUCUGGGAUGAAUAGUGGAAUUAAGAGUUGGGCUUACUCUGUGCAAGGUUUGUGUGUUUGCGCAGCGUUUAGGGUCGUUGUAGUCAGCCUAAAUCCACAAGCUGUGUGCCUUUUUCCCUUUUGUGUUACUGUUUUGCACCACAACCCAAGAUGCCUUCAAUCCAGUUGGGCUAGUUGACAUUAUUCAGUAUCUUGUAUGACAUAUCGGAGGCAGCAUCUGGCUGUCUGCUGGAGUGUUAGCUGCAGUUUUAGAAGGUAGUAUAGCCUCCUUCCAGAGCUAGUUAUCUAAAACUUCUAAAUGUAGAUUACCUCCUUUACACAUGUUAGUCUGUCAAUAUUCAGAUCUGAAACUAGGUACUUUCAUUGCAUGCAUCACAAGUAAAAAUAAAUAAA